UGACUAACGGGACGCAUUUUUCUCCGUGAGGAAACCCCCGUUUUUUAAUUACUGCUAUCUUUUUUGUUUCGUUUUUUUUUCAUCAAACAUAUCGGUAUCAGCGAGGAGAUCAGUAUUUCCAUCACGAAUUUCCUAUUUUCCUGCACUAGCAUACUGUUGUCUUUUAGCUUCAACAAUGGAAUCUAUCCGCCCUCAGCGACUUCAACCAGGGAUAGGAUUUGGUGCUGGAUCGACUGGGACCCUGCGCUCCUCUCUCCGGCCCGGGGUUACAGUCCCAACCGCACCUCUGUUGCCUCCCCCGGCCUCUGUAUGUGCUUCAUCUGGGCCGCCCCCACCGCUUCAACUCCACGGUCUUCACGGCACAAUCGGCGGUGCGGGGCUCGGAACAGGGAUGGCUGGAUUCGGUCUAUGUAAUCCAGGGAACCCAGCAGUCUUGAAGGAGGCGGUGGAGGCUGUUGUUCGGAGUUUUGCGAAGCACACACAGGGCUAUGGCAGAGUGAACGUGGUGGAAGCCUUGCAAGAGUUCUGGCAAAUGAAGCAGUCAAGAGGGGCAGACCUUAGGAAUGGGGCCCUGGUGGUGUAUGAGAUGGUCCCGUCAAACAAUCCACCCUAUGUUUGCUACGUCAGUCUUCCAGGUGGAAGCUGCUUCGGGAGUUUUCAGUUCUGUCCUACCAAGGCUGAGGCCAGACGGAGCGCUGCUAAGAUUGCUCUAAUGAACUCAGUUUUCAACGAGCAUCCUUCCCGCCGCAUCACAGAUGACUUCAUUGAGAAGAGUGUAUGUGAGGCACUGGCCUCCUUUAAUGGAAACAGAGAAGAGGCAGACAAUCCCAGCACAGGAAUUGGGGCUUUUCGCUUCAUGCUGGAGUCCAACAAAGGAAAGUCAAUGCUGGAGUUUCAGGAACUGAUGACAGUCUUUCAGCUGCUGCACUGGAAUGGAAGCCUGAAGGCCAUGAGAGAGAGACAAUGUUCCCGUCAAGAGGUGCUGGCCCACUACUCCCACCGGGCGCUAGACGAUGACAUGCGCACCCAGAUGGCUGCUGAUUGGGUGAACCGGGAGCAAGGCGUGGCUGGCACCAUUGCCCAGGAGGUGGCAGCAACAGAGCGGGAACUUGAAGAGGCCAGGCUGGCUGGCAGGGAGCUUCGCUUUCACAAGGAAAAGAAAGACAUCCUGAUGCUGGCUGUUGGCCAGCUGGGUGCAGCCAACACUACCACCCUGCCAUCAACCUGCUAAGUAUAUGCUGGAUUCCAACCCAUAACUUCGUUUACUUCCAUCUGCCCGUCUUCACUUCUACUUCAUAGUUCUCAAUACUGUGCAUCGGUGUAAGGGAACAUUGUACUAACUCUGUGUACCUUUCACGGUGUGGUUUUAACCUUCCCAGGUGUGGGCGUUUGAAGUCACAGGUAGAUGGAAAGAACUUUGUUGUCAUUUUGGAAUCUGGCCAUAGACAUGGAAUGAGUUACAGUGGCUAUCACCAUUGAUUGUAUAGAUGGCUGGUAAGACCGGCAUUAAGGAGCUUUUGUUUAUAGAUUUUACCAGCCCAGUGAUAACAUACCUGAUCCAGCUGAAUCGGAAUGGUAUUGCUGGCUUAAAACUAAGACUUCCUAUGCUCUUGGACCUCGGGACCAGCAUUGAAUAAUUCUGUUACACAAUAAGUCAUUUUGGCAAUUUGGUGCUGCCCGAUGAUUGGGUUUAUGAAAUUCACAUGACUGUUACCAUUCCUCUCUUUCCCUUCAUGUGCUGGUAGACAAUGUUAUCACACGGUGUAGUUAGUUAAAGUACUAAACCUGCCUUCAUGAUUGUACAGGAUAUAAUCACAACGAUAUUGUCACAGAAAUACCAAAAUAGACCAGUGUCUGUCGCUUAAACAUGAUCUCAACUUUUUUUGCAUUAAAGACUAUAAAAUAUAUCUGAACAUUAUAUAUUUUAGGCACCAGAGGUCAAGUACCUCAAUUAGUUUCACAUACCCAUACAUGUAAGUGUUCACAUAUGUUUUAUUUUAAAACAGAAGUAAUUGAGUAUUGAUAUUGGAAAGUAUUCACUCGACAUACCAGUGAAAAGUUAGGACAUACCUACUCAUUCACGGCUAUUUCUUUAUUUUUACUAUGUCCACAAAGUAAAAUAUUAGUGAAGACCUCAAAACAAUGAAAUAACACAUAUGGAAUCAUGUAGUAACUAAAAAAGUGCCUAGGAGGCCAGAGUCGCCUCUUCACUGUUGACAUUGAGACUGGUGUUUUGCGGGUACUAUUUAAUGAAGCUGCCAGUUGAGGACCUGUGAGGCGACUGUUUCUUGAACUAGACUCUAUGUUUUUGUCCUCUUCCUCAGUUGUGCACCGGGGCCUCCCACUCCUGUUUCUAUUCUGGUUAGAGACAGUUUGCGCUGUUUAG